UUUAAAUGCAUGGAGUGUGGAACUAACUUCAGGACUAGAAGAAGCCUUUAUAAACAUGAUGGUUUAUAUCACAGUGAGAAGAAACCACACCAAUCUCCAUUCUCCAGUGAAACACCCAUGAAUUGCACUCUAGUAGAGUAACAUGCAUGGUUUGCUAAGAGGCACAGCGGCUGCCAGGGGAGAGGAUCUUCGCCAUGUCUACGGCUAUGAACUUCGGGACUAAAAGCUUCAAGCCGAGGCCACCAGACAAAGGCUCUUUCCCUUUGGAUCAUUUCGGUGAAUGUACAGCAUUCAAAGAAAAAUUCAUGAAGUGUCUGAAGGAAAAUAGGUUUGAGAAUGCUUUGUGCAGACAGGAAUCAAAAGAAUAUUUAGAAUGCAGAAUGGAGAGGCAACUUAUGUCCAAAGAACCGCUGGAAAAGUUGGGAUUUAAAGACCUAACAGAAGAGAAAUCAGAAACCCAACCUAAGACAUUGUAAUGAAGAGAAAGGAAAAGGGAGAAAAUCCUGACCAUCUCUUAUGGAAAGCAGCAAAUCUUCAGUAGUACAUAUUGUGCAUUGUAUAUUUCAAAUGUGAUUGCAACAUGAAGUGCGCCUUCAAAGAAAAUGCUGUAACUGUUGGCCAAAUAGAAGAGUUACAGUGCAAACCUAUAUGCUG